CCGCGCCCGCCCCGCCGCCGCGGGACUCGGGAGCCGGGAAGGCGCCGCCGCUCGGGAGCCCUCGGGCAGGAGCCCCGCCGGAGCAGGCUCAUCUUCUUUCCACUGAUGCCAGCCAGCAAUGGAGUUGGCCAGAAGAACAGCCAAUGCACACAACACCAUUCACACUGCAGGCUUCUCAGCUUGGCUGUUGAUACUGCCAAGUGGACAUGCUGUACUGCCCCCUUUCCAUGCAUGCUGAGAGAAGUGUGCGCCCCAUGUUGUGCACCUUGUAACAGAGGUCUCGACAGCAGCUUCUGGCAACCAUGAGCCUGUAAAGGAGUGUGGGUGCCAUCAGCGGUGUAGAUCAUGCUUCGGCGAGGCCUCAUGGCCUGGCUUCCGCGGUUCGGAGUUGUGCUGGUGGUUCUCUGUUGCUCGUUGUCAGUGCUCUACAUGUUGGCCUGCAGCCCCGGAGGUGACGGUCAGCAGCAUUCCUUCCCCGGGCAUAAGAGCCCGACAGGGAAAGAGGACUACCGAGCUCUCCUCCACGAGAGAGAGGAGCACCAGCAGGAUUACAUCCGCCGUCUGAAGGGGCAGAUCGGCCAGCUGAGGGCUGCUCUCCUGGAGCGGAGCAGGCAGCUGAAAAGCCUGCAGGGCCAGAGUAACUCGACCCUGGGAGGGGAGCUGGACCAGGCCCCCCCCAGGCAAACCCAGGCAGAACUCACGCGGUUCCUGCGUUCUCAGAUCGACAGAGCAGAAGUGCAGGGGGGCAAGAGGCUGCCCAGCGAGUAUGCUGCCAUGCCCUUUGAGAGCUUCACCCUGCAGAAAGUGUACCAGCUGGAAACGGGCCUGACGCGUCACCCAGAGGAGAAGCCGGUGCGGAAGGACAAACGGGACGCUCUGGGAGAGGCUGUUGAGCUGGGCCUGGAAGCUUUAAACAGGCCAAAGGACAAUGACAGCGCGAGAGUGUUUUCCACGGCUGACUUCAUAGAAGGCAUCUACCGCACCGAAAGAGACAAAGGCACCCUGUAUGAGCUGACGUUCAAGGGAGACAAACACUUUGAGUUCAAGAGAAUUGUCCUGUUCAGGCCGUUCGGUCCCGUCCUAAGAGUAAAGAAUGAAAAUCUCAACUUGGCCCACACCGUGGUUAACGUCAUAGUUCCACUAGCCAAAAGGGCUGGCAAGUUUCAGCAGUUCAUGCAGAAUUUCAGGGAAAUGGGCAUCCGACAGGAUGGAAGAAUUCACCUCACUGUAGUUUACUUUGGGAAAGAACAAAUGCGUGAAGUCAAAGGAAUCCUAGAAAACGCCUCCAGAUCAGCACACUUCAGGAAUUUCACCUUCAUCCAGCUGAAUGAAGAAUUCUCCAGAGGGAAAGGACUGGACGUUGGUGCUCGUGUUUGGAAAGGAGGCAACGUGAUCCUCUUCUUUUGUGACGUGGAUAUCUACUUCACUGCAGAAUUCCUCACCACCUGCAGACUCAAUACGCAGCCAGGGAAGAAGGUGUUUUAUCCUGUUCUUUUCAGCCAGUAUAACCCAAGCCUUGUUUACGGGCACCGUGAUUCCAUCCCGCCACUAGAGCAGCAAUUGGUUGUUAAAAAGGAAACUGGAUUUUGGAGAGACUUCGGGUUUGGAAUGACCUGCCAAUACCUCUCUGAUUUUAUCAACAUUGGAGGAUUUGAUCUUGGAAUUAAAGGUUGGGGAGGAGAAGAUGUACACCUGUACCGUAAAUACCUUCGCAGCAACCUCAUUGUGGUCAGAACUCCUGUCAGGGGCCUUUUCCACCUCUGGCAUGAAAAGUUCUGCCUAGAGGAGUUGACCCCAGAGCAAUACAAGAUGUGCAUCCAGUCCAAAGCCAUGAAUGAAGCGUCGCAUGGCCAGCUUGGGAUGCUCGUCUUCAGAAAGGAGAUUGAGGCUCAUCGGCGCAAAAAGAAAGCGAAUAUUUAGAAGGCUUGACACCAAAGAAGUUGGACUUACUGAAAGAUUAACAGGAAGGGGGUUCAAAAUGUGGUAGGAGGUUCUAAAAAUCAAAUCUAGAGAAAUAAGAUGUUCUAGUGAUUGUUGCCCAUUAAUGAGUCAUUUCCCGGGGGGCGGGGGUUGUCUAACCUGUGUGAGCUCCACAUACACAGACUUGGUCAAUACAGAAGAUAGGAAAAACAGAAAUUUAAUUUUGUGAAUUGUUUGGUAUUUGAAAUAUUGUUCAAGCAAGAUGACCUUUCAAGUUUGCUCCGCAUACGAUGAUGUCCUACAAAGCGUUACAUCUUACCAGAUGGGCAGGCAGGCAUGAAUGACUCUCUGGAAGUCAAGCCAUAGGAGGCCUCGGGGGCCUGAGCACUCC